UACUCUAGAAAAAGAAGAGAUGGCGGGAAACGAUUCUCAGAAGCAAUUCCUCACUCUAAUCCGCGACUUCGCAUCUGAAAAAUCUCAAGGAGAGCGAAGAAUAAUAAAUUUGAAGAAACGAAGUCAAGAGCUUCAAUCGGAGCUUGAAACUGCAAACACUGAGGUUGAAGAGGCAAAACAUCAGAAGGAGACUGCUGACCAAGAGCUCAAAGGCUACGAAGUUGAAUUGGCCAGGAAUGAAUCUGCUAUUCAAACCCUAGAGGAAAGGAUCGUUUCUAUUCAAGAUGAACUAUCAGCCUACGGAUCUGAUGUAGAGGCUCUUAAGAACAAAGAAGCAGAAACUCGAGACGACUUCAUUGAGAAAAUGUUGGAUCUCAAUGCACAGAUAAGGAAAUUCCAUGAGACAAGAGCCUCUAUAUUCCAAAAUGAUAAUUGCAGCGAGUCAGCAUCAAAGCCUGCAGGUCCAGCAAAAGCCAAAGCAGAAGAUGCUGAAGCUGUCAAAAGAGACCUCCAGAAUAAGUUGGCUCAGAUAGUUUUCCAGAUCACUAAGGAAGAAGAGGAAUACCAAGUUGAACAGAAUAUUCAUACUCAGCUUCAAGAGGAGUUGAAUAUUUUGGAAAGGAAAGCAUCGCUGAUAGAGGGAAUCACAAAAGAAAAUAUGGAAAUGCAGGAGUUAGCCAGGCAGACUUCUGAAUUGGAAAACAGAUGUGCUUCCCUUGGUGAUGAGCUACAAAAGAGGUCGGUAUGUCCCAGUUGCCAUAGGGACAACACAGAGGCAUUAAGUGAAAUUGUUCAAGCAGGCGAUGAAAAUUAGCUUCUUGUAAGUAGUCCCGGACAUUACGCUGAUGAUAGUCAAACGCAGGACAUUGAGGUGCUUACAUAUCUGCUCUUAUGUCUUCCACUGGAUUUACUUUUGGCUAAGCUUUGCUCUACUAUAGAUAUGGCUAGUUUGCAUAAUUGACACUCCUAGUUUUUCUACUUCCUCUAUACUUCCAAAGAACAAGUGUAAUGAAAGCUGUAAAAUGAAAACAUACUUUUACCA